UACAAGGGACAAGAUGUGCGUGGGCAGGGCCGUUCACUGACCGAGCCGUCAGGAAUGAGGAAUAGCCAGGCACCGAGUCGACCAACAUCAGCCCAGGGGCUUUAUGCUGACUGGAAACGUUUCAACAUGUGCUCAGACUUCGGCUGCUGGUCGGAGAGAGUUUUAGUCUCUCCCCCGUUGCCUGCUCUGUUCUUGGGGAGUUGUGCAAUGUGCUGUGGCCAGGGAGGGAGCCUCUCGGCCCUGGUGUUGUUUUGACAGUUGGAGAUCCCCGCGUCGCUUGCCUGCCAGCCCUCCUCCUUCCUCCUUCCUCCCCCCUCCCUCCCCCUUGUGUUUUGCUCCAGUACAAAUUGAGCUGAACAAAUCCAUUCAGGAAAGUGUUUUGGCGGUGCGUCCUUUGAAUCGACACAGGCAGUUUCUUCCCUCUGGCAAGGAAGGUCGCUGUAGCCCGGGAGGAGAGGCUAAACUCUCCCGACGUGCAGCCGCGCUUGUGGCCGUGUAUUCCGCGAGGCUGCGGCGGGGGGAUUCCUUGCGGCCGCAGCUGAGAUGCGAGGCUGCCCCCGCUAGGUGUUGCGAGCGCUAGGUGUUGCCCCCCCCAACCCGCCCCUGACCGCACGGUCGGACGAUGCCCGGACUCCCCGUCUCGUCCCGGCUACGCUCGCCGGCCGACAGGCCAAAGCCCGUCCACACCGCCCUCUGCAUCCCCCACCAUGGCUCCCACCACGCCGGCGUUCCCCGCCAUCACAAGCCCUCGGCAGAACUCAGGAGCAUCUCCCAGGCGAGUCACCAGCUGUCUUGGAAGAUGAGCAGCGACUGGGGAGUGAUGCAGAGCUCCCAGGCACGGACGAGAGAGAAGGCAGACAGUAAGAUUUACACUGACUGGGCCAAUCACUACUUGGCCAGAUCUGGUCACAAGAGAUUGAUCAAGGACUUGCAACAGGACGUCGCUGAUGGCGUUUUGUUGGCGGAGAUCAUCCAGAUUAUUGCAAAUGAGAAAGUUGAAGACAUCAACAGUUGCCCAAGAAGCCAAGCCCAGAUGAUUGAGAAUGUCGAUGCCUGUCUCAGCUUCCUGGCAGUGAGGGGAGUGCAUAUCCAAAGUCUCUCGGCUGAAGAGAUCAGAGAUGGAAACCUGAAAGCCAUCCUGGGACUGUUUUUCAGCUUGUCUCGGUACAAGCAGCAACAGCAGCAACAACAGGAACUGUCUGAGUUUCAGCAGCAAGCCCAACCUCAAUCAUCAGGGAUCUCCUCACCCUCGCACCAGAGAGCCCCUCUCGACAUGCAGUCAAGUCUGGUAUCUGGACACACAUCUCAGUCCAAACAGUCUGGAAAUGCAGUCAAUCAGAAAAAAGCUAGCAGGUUGCCCGGACCGUCCAGGGUACCAGCUACAGUGAGUGCCACCAAGGUGCAAGGAGCCAACAACCUCAACAGACGGAGUCAGAGUUUCAACACCAUCGACAAGAACAAGCCCCUACAGUAUGCAGGCAGCUGCGAGAGAGUUUCAGAGACGGCCAAAGGUCCGGCGACGACAGGAGGCAUGAACGGGGCCGUGGUGACUGCGGCAAACAGUGGGCACCAAACCGCCUCUGCCAUCCCUUCCCCCAGCUCCGGGAAACCCUGGCGUAGCAAGUCGAUGAACGUCAAGCACACUGCCACGUCGCCCAUGCUGAGCGUGAAGCCGCCGAGCCCUGCCACUUCCCCCACCGCCCCCGCCGACCGCUCGCGCGCCCCCCACCCUGAGACGCCCAAGGCCACGGGCGGAGGAGAGCAGAGAUCCAUGCUGGAGAAGUUCAAGCUGAUCAACAGCAGGACUGCGCUCCGACAGCUCGGGCACCAGGGGGCGCUGCCCGCGGAGGGCGCCCGUGACGAGGGACCGCUAUCGGAGAGCGGGGAGGCAGAGGGAGCCAGCGGGAGCAGCCCCAAAGCACAGUCCAAGGGGCCAUGCCAACGGACAGGCAGCAAAGCCCCAAGCCAGAAGAAGCCCGGGGCAGCCCAUGCUAAGGAGGAGCGGGAGAAAGAGAAGGGCAAGGGGCCGAAGGCGGCCAAGGACGAGAAGGGGAGCGAAGUGCCCAGGAAGAGCUCCAAGAUCGCCAGCCUCAUCCCCAAAGGGGGCAAGCCUGCGGGAGCGAAGAAGGAGAGCGCGAUCCCGGCCUCCAGCGGGAUCCCCAAACCAGGAUCCAAGAUGGCCGCCGGGAAGACACCAACCGUCACCGUGCCGACGGGAGCCAAGGACCCGGAGAAAGCCAAGAGCACCAAGGGGGGUAGUCCCAGCCACUGCCUGCCGAAAGCACCGGGCGACAACAAGGCUCCCGGCCCCUCGGAUGGGAGGGGCGCCGCACUACCCACCUCUCCACCCUCCUCCUCCUCCAUCGCCACUGGGGUGUCCGGCGGGCACACCGCGGGCACUGCCAACGCACACGUCUAUCUCCCGCAGUCACAGCAGCAAUACAACCACCCCAACACUGCCACCGUCGCCCCUUUCCUCUACAAAACGCACUCGGAUAAUGAUGGGUCCUCAUUCCUCUCUGGUGAUUUAAGUGGCAGCCACACAAAACUGGAUUCUGUUUACAGCAAGACAGCCAAACAGUGCCUCGAAGAAAUCUCCGGAGAAGAUCCCGAGACCAGGAGAAUGAGGACCGUGAAGAACAUUGCCGACCUUCGGCAAAACCUGGAGGAGACCAUGUCCAGUCUCCGAGGGACACAGAUAAGCCAUAGCACGUUGGAGACGACGUUCGACAGCACCAUCACCACGGAGGUCAACGGGAGGACCAUCCCUGCUGUGACUACCCGGACAACGGGCAUGAGCUGGCGGCUUGGGCAGAGCAGCCCGCGGCUACAGGCGGGCGACGCACCCUCCCUGGGCACUGGCUACCCGCCCCGGGCCAACGCCAGCCGCUACAUCCACCCUGACGGCUCGCGGUACGUGUACGGCGCGCCGCUGCGCAGGCCGGCCGGGCCGCGGACCGGCAGCGCCUCCCAGGCCGAAGCCGCCGAGAGAGGGGGGCCCGAGUUCGAGACCGGGCCCAGCGACGCAGAUGUGACAGGGUACAUGAGCGAUGGAGACCUGCUGGGGAAGAACGCCAGGCUCGACGACAUUGGCAGCGGGUACAUGACCGACGGAGGCCUUAACCUGUACACGCGGAGUAUGAACCGGAUCCCAGACGUGUCAGCUACGCGCGACGUCAUACAACGAGGCGUGCCGGAUGUGACGGCCGAUGGGGACAGCUGGGAUGACAGCAGUUCAGUCAGCAGCGGACUCAGCGACACCCUCGAUAACCUCAGCACGGACGACAUGAACACCACCUCAUCCAUCAGCUCUUAUUCCAACAUCACCGCGUCUUCCAGGAAAAACACCGGCACUCAGCUCAAAGGAGACUCUGAGAAGCUGCCCUUGUCAGACAAUGAGUCGGCCUGGGGCGGCGAGGAGCUGAGGAAGAGCGACGAGGGAGCGGACAGCACGAAGAUGGAGCCGGCCGACAGGUGGAAGCGGAAUCCCUCGGACCUGUCCGACGACUCGGACAAGGGGCAGAGACCCGCACUGUCCCUGUCCCAGACGGGAUCGUGGAGGCGAGGGAUGACGGCACAGGGGGGCGUUCCCAGCCCUCGCCCCAAGACCGGCUCACACCCCUUAAAAUCCAUGGGUAAAAUGGAGGAGGCCAAGGUUCUGGAGAAGGGGAAGGUGUCCCUUAAAGGGACGUCCACCCAGCCGUGUCCGCCAGAGGCGGGCAGGAGCAGCGGAGACGAGGGGAAGAAGCCGCCCUCGGGGAUGGGCCGAACGCCCACGGUCUCCUUCGGUUUCAAGAAGUCGGGGGUGACGGUGUCUGCGUGCACGACCGCGGGAGGGGUGACGGUGUGCAGCGGGUCAGCCACGCUGGGGAAGGUGCCCAAGUCGUCCGGGAUUCCCGGCAAAGCCGGCACGGGCAGGAAGACCAGCCUGGACGGCUCGCAGAACCAAGAGGACAGCGUGCUGCUGCCCAGCUCCAGGAGCAACCUUCAGUACCGGAGCCUGCCCCGGCCCGCCAAGUCCAGCGUGGGCAACGUGGGCGGCAGGGGCGGGCAGCGGUCCAGCAGCAUCGAGACGUGCGGAGCUGCCAAACCACCUCCCUCCUCCGCUCCCCCUCCCGCCUCCUCCAAGCUGAGGGAGCCCUCCAAGGUCAGCUCGGGGCGCUCCAGCCCCAUCUCUGUCGACCGGGACAAGGUGGUGGUGUCCGACCCGGAGAGCGCGGCGCUGUCAACCUCGCCCAAGUCCAGCCCCCCGCCCCCCGGCGGCCCAGGGCCGGCUGGGCUCAGGCAGCAGGGGUCCAAGUACCCUGACAUCUCGUCACCCACCUUCCGCAGGUUGUUUGGAGGGAAGACAACUGCAAAGCCGGGUGGUGGGCCUGGCUCAGACUCGGUGAAGAGCCCCACCAUCAUCUCCAACCCUCACGCCUCACAGGUCCGACAGGGCAGCAUGGACUCCCCUUCCACUGGGAGUGGUGCGGGGGGCAAGGCUUUGGAGCAAGCCCCGGAGGGCUGCGGGCUGAGCCAGUCACUGGCAUCAAGCCCGGCCUCCCUCCACUCCCUGACCUCCAGCGGGCACCAGUUGACGGCCAGUCUCAGCAGUUCCCCGGGGGGCAGUAAGGACACCCUCAGCUACCCCUCCCUCAGCAGCUUGCACACCAGCUCCGAGUCCAUCGACCUGCCGGUCAGUCACCACGGCUCGCUGUCCGGCCUCACCACCAUGUCCAAGAGCGAAAUGCAGAACCUGCUCAUGAGGACAGCGAGCGUCAAGUCAACGCUGAGCGAGAGUCCCUUCUGUUUCCUUGUCAAUGUUCCUCAGUGUCGCAGGAUCACCCAGUCCUGGAGGCGAGACAGUUUGCAACUCGAUCGAAACACGCUACCUAAAAAGGGACUGAGGUAUCCUCCGUCAUCUCGGCAAACCAGCCAGGAGGAAGGGAAGGAGUGGCUUCGAUCUCACUCCACGGGGGGUCUUCAGGACACAGUCAGUCAGUCCCCUCUCCCCUCACCCUCUGCCAUCUCCUCUCCCUGUAGUGGCAUCUACAACUUCACCCAUUUAGUGAGUCCUACUGCAAUAUCCCAAUUUCAUCUGUCAGGUGCCAGCAUGAUGCGUUCAAACAGCAUCCCCACGCAAGAUUCCUCCUUCGACCUGUACGGAGAUGGUCUGCUCUGCGGCAGUGCCAUCUCUCUGGAAGAACGGCCAAGGACAAUGAGCAGAUCGGGAUCUCUCCGAGACAGCAUGGAGGAAGUUCACGGAUCCUCCCUCUCACUGGUUUCAAGCACAUCAUCUCUUUACUCCACGGCUGAAGAGAAAGCACAUUCAGAGCAAAUUCGGAAGCUGCGAAGGGAACUGGAUACCUCCCAGGAGAAGGUUGCCACUCUCACCUCCCAACUCUCCGCCAAUGCACAUCUCGUGGCAGCCUUUGAGCAGAGUUUGAGUAACAUGACGUCAAGGCUGCAGAAUCUCACCAUGACGGCCGAACAAAAGGAGUCGGAACUAACUGAACUGAGAGACACGAUUGACUCGCUGAAGACACAAAACACAGCAGCACAAGAAGCCAUCCAGGGAGCGCUCAAUGGCCCUGAGCACAGGAGCAGAGACGUGCGGAUCAGAAGACAACAUUCGUCAGACAGCGUUUCGAGCAUUAACAGUGCGACCAGCCACUCGAGUGUUGGGAAUGCGAACGACAUAGAGUUGAAGAAAAAGAAGAAGAAACAAAGUUGGCUCAGGAGUUCGUUCAAGCAAGCUUUUGGUAAAAAGAAGUCUUCAAAGCCUAAUCUCUCCCACUUAGACAUCGAAGAACUCCCUGACCCUUCCCCAUCAUCAUCGCCUCAAUCACAGCAAGGAUUGACGGAGGUCGCAGGCAUGAAACCCUCGCACUCCACAUCUGCCCUCUGCGAGUGCACGGAGUCGGAGGCCGAUGCCAUCGUUCACCUCAAGGGCGAGCUGCGGGAGAAGGAGCUGAAGCUGACUGACAUCCGGCUGGAAGCCCUGAGCUCAGCUCAUCAUCUCGACCAGAUCAGAGAAGCGAUGAACAGGAUGCAGAAUGAGAUCGAGCAGCUUAAAUCGGAGAACGAUCGUCUAAAAUCGGAAACGGGCAGCAGUGGCACAGCCCGCACACAUUCCCAGUCUUCCAACUCAUCCUCCACCUCGUCUUCACGACAAUCACUGGGGCUUUCCCUGCAAAACCUCAACGUCACCGACACCAUGACGUCAGACAUCCUACUUGACGAUGGAACUGAGGGAUCAUUUCGUAAGGAGGGCUGUAGCGUCAGAAUUAUGAUCUGCUUGAACAAACAGCUCAAGCGAACUAAGGAUGAAAAGACUCCCCGGUACCUGAUCGGGUCUAUAGGAGUGAGCGGAAAGACAAAGUGGGAUGUCCUGGAUAGUGUAAUCCGUCGAUUAUUUAAGGAGUAUAUAUUCCGCCUGGAACCAUCCUCCAGCCUUGGGCUGUCCAGUGACAGUAUUGUCAGCUACAGUAUCGGUGAUGUUAUAAGAUCUUACAACGUGGAGUUACCCGAACUCUUGCCCUGUGGGUACCUGGUUGGAGAAAACAACGUCAUCACAGUGAAUCUUAAAGGUGUGGCGGAGAAUAGUGUGGACAGCCUGGUGUUUGAAGCCCUGAUUCCAAAGCCCACCAUGCACUGUUACCUCAACGUUCUGCUGGAGCAUCGACGGAUCAUACUGUCCGGACCCAGUGGAACCGGCAAAACCUACCUGGCCAACAAACUGGCCGAAUUCCUGGUCAAUAGGUCUGGACAGGAAGUCACCAACGGGUCAAUAGCCACAUUCAACGUGGACCACAAGUCCAGCAAGGAACUACGACAAUACCUGUCAAAUCUGGCAGAUCAAUGUGCUUCUGCAGAUAAUGGAUCUGAUCUCCCUCUCGUAAUAAUCCUCGAUAACCUCCACCAUGUGGGAUCUCUGAGUGACAUCUUCAAUGGAUUCCUCAACUGCAGAUACCACAAGUGCCCAUAUGUCAUUGGAACCAUGAACCAGGCGGUCUCCUCAUCAGCCAACCUGGAGCUCCACCACAACUUCAGGUGGGUUCUGUGCGCCAACCACACGGAACCCGUGAAGGGCUUCCUGGGUCGCUAUUUGCGCCGCAAGUUGAUCGAGACCGAAAUCGACAAGAACAUGCGCAACAACGAUCUGCUGAGGAUCAUCGACUGGAUCCCCAAAGUGUGGCAGCAUCUCAACGCCUUCCUGGAAACUCACAGCUCUUCUGAUGUGACUAUCGGUCCCAGACUCUUCCUCUCUUGCCCUUUGGAGAUAGAUGGUUCCAGGGUAUGGUUCACAGAUCUGUGGAACUAUUCUCUUAUUCCUUAUCUUCUGGAGGCAGUUCGAGAGGGACUUCAGCUGUACGGGACGCGUGCGCAGUGGGAUGACCCGUCGCGCUGGGUGGUGGACAGCUACCCAUGGAGUGCUGGCUCCCUGCAGCAGGACUGGCCCUGCCUGCUGCAGCUCCGGCCCGAGGACGUGGGCUACGACGGCCACAUCUCUGCUAAGGAAGGCGGCUCCUCCCGGCACGUGGGCCAGAGCGACAGCGACGGCGACCCUCUGAUGAACAUGCUGAUAAGGCUUCAGGAGGCGGCGAACUACUCCAGCACACAGAGUUGUGACAGCGAUAACGUCAGUCACCACGAUGACAUUCUAGAUUCAUCUUUGGAGUCGACUCUCUGAAGCGGACGCCUUGGGGUUGGAAUGGCGGACUUCUCGCCGACCGCCGGUCGGAGCCCGGACCUUCUCUCCCUCAUCGCCUGAAGCACAGGUCAACACCAGGGGUGCAGACGUCCAGCUAAUGCGGGGGGAACAGGGGGGGCUUCUCAGAGAGAGCACUGACCCUGCCCGCCUGGAUCAUAUGAGGGUUUGUUGGUGUCCCUGCAACAACAACAAAAAUAACACACACACACACACACACACACUCAAAAACAAAAUUGCACAUGAAUUAAGCCAAACCGGAACCAUACAAAGUUGUGGGACGUGUACACCCGUUUUGGAUUUGAUUUGAGGAAUGGAGCAAUCAGUGUUCCACCUCCAAACUCCCUUCCAUUGGUGCUGGUUGGAAUCAGUCCAAUGGCUUGGUGGUCAUCACUAACUUCCGCAUCUGGAGACCGUGAGCACAAUUAAGCACAAUAGCGUGGGAGGGGACAAUGUGAGCGACCACACAGGGGAUGACUCCAAGCAGGAUUACACCCAACAGCAGGGUUCCAACCACUCGCCCCCGCCGACAGCCUUCCCUCUCUGGAUUUCUACUGGUCUUUAUUUCUAAACUUGACAGGAAGAUCUCUCAGUUGCCUCCACCAGCGGAGCAAGUGACCAUCCUAGUUUGUGAAGGGCUACAUCAUCACGGGUUGUGGAAACUCUCAGUCUCUAUGUGAGAGUGGUGGUAAACACAUGGUGCUGAACUCACUUGCCUUACUCCCUAAAAGAUUACCGCAGUGAAAGAAAGCUACUCCAUCCUGCAACGCCUGGGAGGGUUCAGGUUAAUUCUACACCCAAUAGGUAGAACCUCUUAACAACAGUGUCUUCAGGGUUUUCUGCUGGGAUCAAACAAAAAUGGCAGCUCGACUGAUCUUUAUACACACUUCUCUCUCAUUGUGUGUGUGUGUGCAUCUCUUUCCCCCUUUCCAACGGGGAUUCGGGAUUCCUCAAGGGAAACGCUUUGUGGUUUGUGCUGCACCAGUUCUCCACUGGCGGUAGCCCAGUGGACGUGGGACCACCCAACAGAAGAGCACAAAUUGUUUGCUUCUAUAGACUUCCAGCAUGUUUUUUACUACCUGUAUGCAAGCCCAGGACUCACUCAAGGGUAACGGGGACACCUCCCCACCUCGCACCCCGACUUUACUCACUGUGCAAGAGGUCCCCCAGACCUGCCCGUUCCUAUUCUGUCCACCUCUUGCCUGGCGACGGGGCUUCGAUUGGCCCCUUUACCCUUCCAACUUACAUUCCGUAGAAGGUGCGAGAGGGGGAAGAGAGACGACAAAGUAUUAAUGAGUUCAUGUCCCGUUACUCUGGACGGGGUGGGUGGGCUUCUUUGCAUUAUGGUUUUUGCACAAGUGUGGGAAGUUGGAGGAAGAGUUAGAAACUUUUUUUUUUGUUUUUGGUUAUUGCCUUGCACAGUAAAGAGUUUAAUGAUUCCUUCAUGGUGUAUUGAUUGGUGUAAACGUUUAUAUUCACUCGAAUAUGCUGGGAUUUUUUGGAUAAAAUUCUCCGUGUAGAUGGGAUGUGUUUUACCCUCUGUGUGUGGUGAAGAUGAACGGUGCGGGGAGCUGCCUGCCGCGGGGCUUUAGAAGGAGCCGCGGGUAGGCGGCUUCCAAUACUGAAUCAUCCGUGUAAUCGCUGGCUCAUCUCCAGCAGAUGUCCCAGUCAGUUUUAGCACAAGUUUACCGUUAGCCCGAGCUGCCGUCCGUGAUACAUCUCAACGAGAAUUACGGAGCUUUUUUUUGUGGAACAGUUUUCUGUAAAACAUAUUUUAUAUUCUGUACAUUUUGAUGUAACAUACAAUGUAAAUAAUCAGUGAAAACCAGAGGAAAAAAAAUGGUAAGAAAAAACCAUCAUCAGGAGAGUUUUUUGUAGUCUUUAUAACCUUUAAGUUUGAGUAUUUGGAUGUAGCCGGUUCAAUGGGCACUGGCCCAUAAACUCGGUUUUUGAUGUCUUUGCAGCUUGUACAUUGUUUUGUUUUCCAGAUAAUGCACUCUGUAUCUGUCUAAAUUAUGACUUUACCAUUAAAGUGAUACUAUUUAUUGAAUUAA